AUGUGUACCGACCAGCACCAGACCAAUACUGCACCACCGACACCGACACCAGCACCGACACCAGCACCGACACCAGCACCGACACCGACACCGACACCGACACCAGCACCGACACCAGCACCGACACCGACACCAGCACCGACACCAGCACCGACACCGACACCAGCACCGACACCGACACCAGCACCGACACCGACACCGACACCAGCACCGACACCGACACCAGCACCGACACCGACACCAGCACCGACACCGACACCAGCACCGACACCAGCACCGACACCGACACCAGCACCGACACCGACACCAGCACCAGCACCGACACCAGCACCGACACCGACACCAGCACCGACACCGACACCGACACCAGCACCGACACCGACACCGACACCGACACCAGCACCGACACCAGCACCGACACCGACACCAGCACCGACACCGACACCAGCACCGACACCGACACCAGCACCGACACCGACACCGACACCGACACCAGCACCGACACCGACACCGACACCAGCACCGACACCGACACCGACACCAGCACCGGCACCGACACCAGCACCGACACCGACACCAGCACCGACACCGACACCAGCACCGACACCGACACCGACACCGACACCAGCACCGACACCAGCACCGACACCGACACCAGCACCGACACCGACACCAGCACCGACACCGACACCAGCACCGACACCGACACCAGCACCGACACCAGCACCGACACCGACACCAGCACCGACACCGACACCAGCACCGACACCGACACCGACACCGGCACCGACACCGACACCAGCACCGACACCGACACCAGCACCGACACCAGCACCGACACCAGCACCGACACCGACACCAGCACCGACACCAGCACCGACACCGACACCAGCACCGACACCGACACCAGCACCGACACCGACACCAGCACCGACACCAGCACCGACACCGACACCAGCACCGACACCAGCACCGACACCGACACCAGCACCGACACCGACACCAGCACCGACACCGACACCGACACCAGCACCGACACCGACACCAGCACCGACACCGACACCAGCACCGACACCAGCACCGACACCAGCACCGACACCGACACCAGCACCGACACCAGCACCGACACCGACACCAGCACCGACACCAGCACCGACACCGACACCAGCACCGACACCGACACCAGCACCGACACCGACACCAGCACCGACACCGACACCAGCACUAGUACCAGCAGCAGCAACAUAUAUGUGUGGUUAG